GGAAAGGGAUUAAUUUUGAUUUUGUCGCUGGCGCAGCACAGACAGUUGUCAAAACCUUUAUUUUUUAAUCUCCAGUAGGGGGUUAAAUUACAGCUUCAGGAACUGAACGUUGACAGUUAAUACAGUUUGGUUGGCCACGCUCGUCCUGGCGAAAAUAUGAAACACAAAUGAUGUUUAACAUUUCUAUAGAUGGAGGUUCAUUCUCUAAAGAUUUGGAGGACUUCGACUCUGUUCGCAGUGUUCUCCUUUACAGUGACUUGGAACCAGAAUGGCUAGAUGACAUUCAGAAGAACGGUGAGCUUUUCUACCUGGAGCUGAGUGAAGGUGAAGAGGAGGCUGCACUGGCCCAGGCCAACGCCGUACAGGGUGUGUCCACUAAUCAUGUUCGCUUUAGUGAAAAGGAGGCAGAGAUCAUCACGGAGCAAAGCAAGAAGCAGCGAUGUAGUUCAAGGACAAAAGCUGAGCCUAUGCUUAAGAGGCUAGCCAGACUCCUGAGGAGAAACCGCCGGCCAUCUCAGCGCAGGGGAGGAGGGAAAGAUGGCAGUAAGGACAGCUCAACUUUAUCACCACCGGCAUCGAUUCUGAAGAACCAGCCAGGUCAAAGGCAGGGCGUGAUUGUUCAGCAGCAGCAGCUGAAGGACGUGUGUGUCUACCUCAACCCUAAACGUCUUGGGGGUCCAUCAACACCUCUCUCUUACAGUGGAGGCCUGUUAGAGGCUCUGCUGGGGGUGGUACAUCACCCCUCCUGGAGCAGAGGGCAGUCAGACCCUGCAGCUGUCCAACAGGAGGAAAGACUGACUGUUCAUGGGUUAAUACCCAACAGCCCGGCCAUCAAAUGUGGCCAAAUCCUAAUUGGUGAUGUGCUUGUUGCUGUGGAUGAUGUGGACGUGACCUCGGAAAACAUCGAGAGGGUUCUGUCCUGCAUCCCAGGUCCGACACAGGUGAGGCUGACUUUGGAGACGGUGGCCUUGGUGGAUGGCAGCAGCACUAACGACAUUUCAUCAAUCCGCAAGGCAAAGGCCUCUCCACCAGUCAGCCAGCUGGUGCGUCUGCUGUGGGGGGAGGACACGGCCGAACUCCAGAUGUCAAUAAGACACAUCCCACACAUUGUCAUGUACCUGUCACUUAAACUGGACUCAGCAUCACCUCAGGAGGAGGAGGAGAUCUUGUACCAGUACCCGGUGUCUGAAGCAUCCAGCCAGCUGAAAGGAGUGAGGGGGAUCUUCCUCACUUUAUGUGACAUGCUGGAGAAUGUCACAGGAGGGAGGAUCGUCAGUUCGUCUCUCCUGCUCGGGAAGCAUCUGGUACAUGUGGGCUACUGGAAGGAGAGGUCUGUGUUUGACAUUCUUCCAUUUCCCUCCAGGGUUCCAUUGCUGUAUCUGCAGACUGUGGUUGGAGAUGUAGUCCGAACAUUAAAAGUGAUGUACGGCUCUUUAGACAGUGCGUUCUGUAAGGUGGACCACACUCCCAGGUUGGACCAUUUCUUCUGCCUCUUCUUCCAGCAGCUCAUCCAGCCGUCUCGCUUAAGGGACGGCUCCUCAGCCCCACCCCCCGACGUCUCAGGGGCGCUCUUUCUCGAUGGAUUGCCGGCGGUCCGUUGGCUCACGCUUCCUCCAGAAAUCAAGGUGGAGGUGGAUACUGUUCUCUCUGAUUUUGAGUCUUCUGAUUUUGGAGAAAUGUCUGAGGACUUUUUUGGCCUAAGGCGUCUCUAUGUAAUUCUCGGCUCCUGUUUGUUCUACAAGUCCUACCUGAUUGCCAACCAUCUGCCUAAAGAGGACCUGCUGGAUGUGUGUCUGUAUUGCCAGCACUACUGCCUGCUGCCGCUAGCGUCUGAGCAGCGUGUGGGUCAGCUGGUUAUCUGGAGGGAGGUAUUUCCCCAGCAGCGAGCUAACGGCAACAGCACAGCACCGGGCGACAGCCAGCUACAGGGGCGACACUUCCUCCUCGUAGUGGGGCUGAGGCACUUCAUGCAGUGUGUACUGUUAGAAGCAGGAGGCUGUGCUUCACCAGCUUUGGGCUCUCCAGGACCUGAUUGUGUUUAUGUGGAUCAGGUGAAGGCCACCCUCCUGCAGUUGGAGGUGUUAGAGGCAGGUAUUGAGGAGCGUCUGAACACUCCACCAACUCCCUGCCUGUCCUGUGCCGACUGGUUCCUCCCUGCCGCCACAGCCCGUGACCGCCUCAGCAGUCUGGCCUCUUCCUCCCCUGUCUUUAGCAAGCUAGCCGGAGCAGUUAAAGGCUCCUCAUCUGGGUCCAAAGGCCACAGCCUGUUUGGGGAUAAGUCCCGGAGGUCCAGCCCCCAGAGGAGCCUGUCAGACAGUGGGAGUGAGGGACAUAUGGAUGGGUCUGGAUCAUCAGUGGACUCAACAAGGAAGCUGGGGGGGCGUCGGGACUCGUUGGGUUCUGGAGGGUCUGAUGGGAGUGGAGGCAGAGGAAGCCUGUUCAAGAUUCCCAGGAUGAAGCACCCGAAUCCAUUCUACCUGGGCACCCUAAAGAAGACCCUGACUGAGAGGGAGACAGAGGAGAUGUAUGCCACUAUAAAACUGACUUCAGGUGCAGAGAACACUUUGUUCCACUACAUCUUGAUGGAAACAGUUCAGGGAAUCUUCAUCGCUCCUACUCAUAGGGAAGUGGCUCAGCUCAGCGGCUCCAUUCACCCACAGCUCAUCCGCAACUUCCACCACUGUUGCCUCUCCAUACGGGCUGCGUUUCAGCAGAGCCUGCCAGCCAGGGCUCGUCGGGCAGCAGACAGGCCUCAGGGUGGUGCGUGGGGUCUGGGCCCUGUGAAGGAACAUGGGGUUCUGUUCCAGUGUAAACCUGAGAACUGGACUGACCAGAAGAAGCCUGCUCCCACCAUGACUUACUGGGUCAUAGGGCGGAUGUUGCUUGAGCCCGUCCCUCAGGAAUUCUACGUGUGUUUCCAUGACUCGGUGGCAGAGGUUCCUGUAGAGAUGGCCUUCAGACUCUCCUUCGGUUUGGCUGUGUGACAUGUCAGCACUCUUUAAACUAAUGGCAAACUAGAAGACUUCUUGCAUUCUCAGGAAAUUAGCUCAAACUGUGGUGACUGUGGGAUGCAUCUGAGAGCAAAUGCGUGGAGGUUAUGCUAACUGUCCCAGUUUCUGGCGGAUAAUCUAAAAGGCUAAAAUGGAAGCAUAUUGUAAAAAUCAGACUGUGUAGAGAUGAUUUUCUUCAGAUAACAGCAAAGUGUGAGU